AUGGGUGUAUCAGGGCUUCUGCCCCUUCUCAAAUCUAUUCAGAAGCCGACUCAGCUCAAAAAGUACGAUGGUCAGACUCUCGGAGUUGACGCGUAUGGUUGGCUCCAUCGUGCCGCCUAUUGCUGUGCAUUAGAGCUUGGUCAGGGAAAGCCGACUCAAAAAUACCUACAUGCUGCCAUGAAUCGAGUACGCAUGCUUCGGCAUUUUGGUGUGACACCCUACAUGGUAUUCGAUGGCGAUUUUCUCCCAAGCAAAGCUGCUACAGAAGAAUCCCGGGAAACCAAUAGAAAUGAGAAGAAGAAGGCUGCAAUGGAACUGUUGCGCGCCGGAAAACCUGCCCAGGCCACACAGGAGUUCCAGAAAUGCAUUGAUAUCACCCCGGAGAUGGCAUCUGCUCUCAUUCAACUGCUCAAAAAGCUUGAUAUCCCUUACGUUGUCGCCCCAUACGAAGCCGAUGCACAGCUUGUCUAUCUCGAGCGACAGGGUCUCAUUAAUGGUAUCAUCUCGGACGACUCUGAUCUCCUCGUUUUCGGCGCCAAGAAGCUUCUCACCAAGCUGGACCAAUAUGGCAACUGUAUAGAGAUCAACCGCAAGGAUUUUUGCGCCUGUAGAGAGGUUUCAUUGACCGGUUGGUCUGAUACCGAAUUUCGGCGAAUGGCCAUCUUCAGUGGUUGCGACUAUUUGCGCGGACUCCCAGGCAUUGGGCUGAAGACAGCAUAUCGUAUGCUUCGCAAGACAAAGGCACCAGAACGGAUAGUCCGGAUGGUUCAGAUGCAAGGGAAAAGGGUGUCCGAAAACUACUUGACGCAGUUCUACCAAGCCGAACUGACAUUCCUGCAUCAGUGGGUUUUUUGUCCGACCAAACGGGAACUGGUUCACCUUACAGACCUGGACGGAGAACGUACGGCAGAGGAGAUGCCCUUCAUCGGAGCCUUCGUAGAGCCUGCGAUAGCACGAUCAAUCGCCAGAGGUGACAUGAACCCAAUCACCAAGACUUUAAUCGUCACCUCGACAACACCGUCCAAGAGAAGGCAUUCACAGCUGGCCCAUGGCGCCAUUGACCAGCCUCCGCCCGCGAUGAAGCCUAUCAGCUCCUAUUUCAAGGGAUCCAGUCGGAUACCUAUGGGCGAGAUGGAUCCCAAUUGCUUUGAAGUUGACCCUCAGAGGGUUUCUCAGAUUACUGGAGGAGGGUUGGUACCACGCGUGUUUCCGCUCCCCAGGCCGUAUCUUGAAGAAACGACUCAUGCUGCUCCGAGUCACUCUCGGGGUUUGGAUGUGACCCGCACCCGUACAUCCCCAAGGCUUCAUCGCCGCCGUACGGAACCCAUCGCCAACAUGCUCAACAAUUUUGUGGACAAUCCUCCCAAUGCUACGAGGCGUACGUCUUCUGAAGGCACCGAACCUUGCCGCACUAUUGCUAGCGCAUCGACUGACCCUGCAAACCGACCACCCAAGAAGGCGCGUUUGUGUGAGGAAAGCGAAGCUGGACCUGAGGAAGAUUUGCCACAAAAGAGCAGAUUUUUCCCUGCGCCGAAACUACGGAGGAGUCCAAGGCGGGCGAAGAGCGACGCUUAUCUGUUGUCGGAUGAUUCGCUCGAUGAAGCGCUUCUGGCAUUGCCUGAUUUUGAGGGUUGGAAGCCUGCCGAUAAAACCAAGAAGAGUGUGUCGGUGUUUGAAGAGAAGCAGAGCCAAGAGACUUCAACAACGACAGACAGUGAGAGCCAUAUCUCGUUUGUCAAGGAUGACGAAAGCUCCAUGUCAUCCUUUGACACUUCUAUGCCUCCUCCUUCAUCUGCGGCGUCUGCAUCGCGGGUUUCACAUACUCCCUCGAGGCCAGAUAUCCGCCAGUUCUCUUAUACCAACCCAAACGAGACUCCUGCUUCGACUGCAUCACGCCGCUCUUCCGUCUUCAGUCCAGGCUCUACCCCCUCAACUGCACCUUCAACGGCAGCUUCUCGCAUGACCCCUCUACAGCGUCUUGGUGCUCGUGCGAUGAACGGCCCAAUGUCCCCUAAGCUACCCAAACCGCGUACCAAUAACACCGACAAGCAGUUCCUCUCUGGUGUACCUGUCAACCCUGCAUUUAUACCUUUGCCAAAAGUCAAUCUGGAUGAAGUCGCGGACCUUAAUAAAUGUGGAAGCGAAGAUCAAAUCAUCCCCGCUAGUGACGAGGAAGACGAAGAUGAGGUCGACCUUCCUCCCAAGAAACUCAACCUAUCCCGUUUUGCCUUUGCAUAG